AGGGCGAACCCCGCCCCUCUCUCUCUCUCUCUCUCUCUGAGACUUGGAGAUGGCGAGCGGAGAUAUUCUAAUGCUGGAAGCCCCUCCUCCUACUAAACCUUUAGUGGGCCCCACAGAGAUCAUCAUCGACUCACUGCCGUACAUCGAUGACGACUAUGCCGAUCCGACCGUUAAAUCAGAGGUUGAUCGACUCGUGGAAGACGAGAUGCGAAGGAGCCUCAAGAAGCCUGCAGACUUCCUCAAAGACCUCCCUCCCCUACCCAAAUUCAACUUCGAGAAGCACCCUAUGCUUGCCCGAGAAUAUGAGCGCGUAAGAGCUGGAAAGCCUCCAGCAAUGCUGGAGAUGUCCCGAUAUGGAUUGGAGCCGCCACCCAUAAACAAGCGAAAUGAUGUUAGUGCUUGGAGGCAUUCCCUUCGAAAUGCUCAAAGUGUACUGCAACAUCAGAUAAUAAGAAUUGAGAAUCUGGACCUAAUGUUGAAUCACGGUGUUGAUGUUUGGAAGCAUCAUAAUCAACGGUUGGAGGCAUUCUUGUCCAGGAUGCAAGCAAUAGCCCUGGGACACAACGAAAUGAUUGAAGUUGUGAAUCGUGAGAGAAAAUUUCAUCAGCAAAACACAUCUGUUGAACUCAAUGCCCUUGAGGCUCAAUGGAAGGAGCUCUGCACGAAGAACAUAGAGAUCCAAGUUGCAUGUGCUAAAAUCGAGAAUCACAUUGAAGAACUUGGGAGGGAAGCUGCAGAGAGAGGAUUGAACUUGGAGGCUAAUACGGAAAGCGGACAGGCGCUGCGCUUGGGUGAUUGAGAUAUCUCGUCAAUGUGCAGCUAAUUGACAACUUGAAGCAUGCAUAUCUACAAUUAGGCCCCAUUUUGGGUACACACGUCGAUCAAUCCAGACUGACCAAUUGAUGGGCACUUCAUGGAUCCGACGAUGCUCAAAGAUUCCUAGAAAUGGAUGUUUUCUAGUUGUUUUGUAGACUUCAUGGAUCACAGAACUGUGUGCCCCACGUGUAUGGAACUCAAAAGUCCUCAGUGUACGUUUGCUUAGUCUCAGCACCCUAUAAUUCCUUGGGAUAGUAGAAAAUAUGGAAAUGCAUAUUACCUGGUGCUGCAUUUUCGCAUUGGUGUCAUGGAUGUUGGUAUUAUUGAGGUCACAUUUUUGCGUCAUCAAUUUCUAUGAAAGGAAAUGUCAUUUAUCAGAAGAUAAAAACUUUGAUA